ACGCCGUAGCCAGUAUGCGCACCCUCAAAAUAGUCUGAAUGAAUUUAAGAUAACUCAAGAAAUCUGUCAUUAAUUUUUACCGAUGAGAUCUUUUACAUUUAACUAAGAUGCUUGGUGCAGUAUUUUUCAUUUGCAGGAAAACGAGUCGUCUCUCGUUGAAUGACAAUAAAGACUUUAUUGAAGAAUCCCAGCUGUUGACCAAUCAACGAGGAAGGAACUUUUGUUUCAGAGACCUCUGGUUUGGGGGUAGAUUCUCAGACUCCCGGCGCUCUGCAUGGGAAUGGAACUGUCUAUAAAGGCUGCUGCUCACUCCGCAUUUCAGACUGGGCUUCCUGCACACAAGCUGUUUAUUCUCUAAAGGAAAAUGGUUAGUCGAAUUCAGCAUCCGGCUGGUGGGUACAAGAAAAUAUUUGAGACGUGUGGAGAAUUGAAUGAACCUAUUCCUGCUAUCGUUGUAGGUGUGAUUCCAGAAUGGCUGAGUGGCAGUCUAUUGCGUCUGGGACCCGGCCUGUUCGAGGUGGGGGCUGAACCUUUCUACCACCUUUUUGAUGGCCAGGCCCUCAUGCACAAGUUUGACCUAAAGAAUGGCCAUGUGACCUACUAUCGGAAAUUUGUCAAAACAGAUGCCUAUGUGCGAGCCAUGACAGAGAAAAGAGUGGUCAUCACUGAGUUUGGAACAGCAGCCUACCCAGACCCCUGCAAAAAUAUAUUCUCACGGUUUUUCACCUACUUCAAAGGGAUUGAGGUGACAGAUAAUUGCUUAGUGAAUGUGUACCCUGUUGGUGAGGAUUUCUAUGCCUGCACAGAAACCAACUACAUCACCAAAGUGGACCCAGACACACUGGAGACUCUGAAAAAGGUGGACCUGUGUGAUUACCUCUCGGUCAAUGGGGUGACGGCUCAUCCACACAUUGAAAGUGAUGGAACGGUGUACAACCUUGGGAACUGUUUUGGGAAGAACAUGUCAUUGGCCUACAACAUUGUCAAAAUUCCUCCCGCACAGAAAGACAAGUCAGAUCCAAUUGCAAAGUCCAAGGUUCUUGUGCAGAUACCCAGCAGUGAGAGAUUCAAGCCCUCGUAUGUUCAUAGCUUUGGAAUGACAGAAAACUACUUUGUCUUUGUUGAGACUCCAAUAAAGAUCAACCUUCUGAAGUUCUUGACUGCUUGGAGCAUCUGGGGCACAAAUUACAUGGAUUGCUUUGAGUCAAACGAAACCAUGGGUACAUGGUUCCAUCUGGCUAUGAAGGACCCAGCUAAAUACAUAGAGCAUCAAUUCAGGACCUCUGCCUUCAAUCUCUUCCAUCACAUCAACAGCUAUGAGGACGAUGGCUUCAUCGUUGUUGACCUGUGCACUUGGAAAGGUCAUGAGUUUGUCUACAACUACCUAUAUCUGGCCAACCUGCGGGAGAACUGGGAGGAAGUGAAGAAAGCUGCUAUGAGGGCACCUCAACCGGAGGUCCGGCGAUACGUUCUGCCCAUAGAUGUCCACAGAGAGAAACAGGGGAAGAAUCUGAUAUCCCUUCCGUACACCACAGCCACUGCAGUGAUGCGCAGUGAUGGAACCAUCUGGCUGGAGCCUGAGGUUCUGUUUUCUGGACCACGACAAGCAUUCGAGUUCCCUCAGAUCAACUACAGUAAGUUCUCUGGGAAGAACUACAGCUAUGCCUAUGGACUGGGUCUGAACCACUUCAUCCCUGACAGGGUUUGCAAACUGAACGUGAAGACCAAGGAGACGUGGGUGUGGCAGGAGCCAGAUUCGUACCCCUCAGAACCCAUCUUUGUGCAGACCCCAGACUCUGUGGAGGAAGAUGACGGGGUGUUGUUGAGCAUCGUGGUGAACCCUGGAGCAGACCAGAGGCCAGGGUACCUCCUCAUCCUCAAUGCCAGAGAUCUGACAGAGAUUGCACGGGCUGAGGUGGAGGUUAUCAUCCCUGUCACCUUCCAUGGAAUGUACAAGCCUUAGGACCACUUUCUCAACACAUCUACAGAACAAUCAUAAUACUAAAACUGUUGGAUUAUACUUUACACAAGACAUCUAGUUACAGUGCAUUCGGAAAUUAUUCAGACAGCUUCCCUUUUUCCACAUUUUGUUAACGUUACAGCCUUAUUCUAAAAUUGAUUAAAUAAAAAUAGUUCAGCAAUCUACACACAAUACCCCAUAAUGACCAAGUGACAUAUUUUAGACAUUAUUGCAAAUGUAUUUAUCAAAAUACAAAUACCUUAUUUACAUAAAUAUUUAGACAUUUUGCUAUGAGAUUUGAAAUUGAGCUCCGGUGCAUCCUGUUUCCAUUUAUCAUCCUUUAGAUGUUUCUGCAACUUGAUUGGAGUCCACCUGUGGUAAAUUCAAUUGAUUGGCCAUGAUUUGAAAAGGCACACACCUGUCUACAUAAGUUUCCACAGUUGACGGUGCUUGUCAGAGCAAAAACUAAGCCAUGAGAUCGAAGGAAUUGUUCGGAGAGCUCCGAGACAGGAAUGUUGAGGCACAGAUCUGGGGAAGGGUACCAAAAACUGUCUGCAGCAUUGAAGGUCACCAAGAACACAGUGGCCUCCAUCAUUCUUUAAUGGAAGAAGUUUGGAACCACCAAGACUCUUCCUAGAACUGGCUGCACGGCCAAACUGAUUAAUCGGGGGAGAAGGGCCUUGGUCAGGAAGGUGACCAAGAACCCGAUGGUCACUUGGACAGAGCUCUAAAGUUCCUCUGUGACGAUGGGAGAACCUUCCAGAAGGACAAACAUAUCUGCAUCACACCACCAAUCAGGCCUUUAUGGUAGAGUGGCCAGAAGGAAGCCACUCCUCAGUAAAAGGCACAUGACAGCCCACUUGGAGUUUGCCAAAAGGUACUUAAAGUACUCUGACCAUGAGAAACAAGAUUCUAUGGUCUGAAGAAACCAAGAUUGAACUCUUAGGCCUGAAUGCCAAGCAUCACAUCUGGAGUAAACCGGACACCAUCCCUACGAUUAAGCGGGAUAGCAGCAUGAUGUGGGUAUGUUUUUCAGCAGUAGGGACUGGGAGACUAGUCAGGAUCGAGGCAAAGUACAGAGAUCCUUGAUGAAGUCCUGUUGCACUCUGGAGCAGGUUAACAACCCUAAGCACACAGUCAAGACAACGCAGGAGUGGCUUCGGGGUGUCUCUGAAUGUCCUUGAGUGGCCCAACCUGAGCCCGGAGUUAUCAUAUCAAACAUCUUUGGAGACCUGAUAAUAGAUAUGCAGCAACGCUCCCCAUCCAAUCUGACAGAGCUUGAGAGGAUCGGCAGAGAAGAUUGGGAGAAACUCCCCAAAUACAGGUGUGCCAAGCUUGUAGCGUCAUGCCAAGAAGACUCACGGCUGUAAUCGCUGCCAAAUGUGCUUCAACAAAGUACAGAGUAAAGGGUCUGACUAUUUAGGUAAAUGUGAUAUUUCAGUUUUAAAAAAUUGCAACAUUGUCUACAAACCAGUUUUUGCUUUGUCAUUAUGGGGUGUUAGGUUUUAAUUCUCAGAGUAAAUAACUCAAGGACACUAGAGAAGCUUAGCCAAGUUGAAUUCUUCCCAAAGGGUCGAUACAGCUGUAAUUCAGACAUGGCUUCCAAGGGAGGGUUGCAUCAUUCUUGCUAAGCAGGGAACUAAGUGAUAUGAGCCUUCAACGGUUUCUCCCCUUAUCAGUACUGUCACAUGCGAUUGUUUUCCCUGCACUCAGUCCCUCCCAAGCUUCAUCAUGGCACAACUAAUUUCUCUUUCGUAGCUAAUGUUCCUAUACUUCUGAGUAUAACAAUGUUCCAAGUUUAGCCCUGAAUCCAAAAGGGGUAUUGAGCGUAGAUUGAGGUGGAAAAAAACUAUUAAUCCACUUUAGAAUAAGGUUGUAACUUAACACUGUGGAAAAAGUCAAGGGGUCUGAAUACUUUUCAAAUGCACUAUCAUUUGAGUAUCUAUUUGUUGAGGCAUCGCUGGUGUUGCCUAUGGAAUGUACUGUUUGAUCAUGUAGCCUGUUCAUUUGCUUAGUCCACUUAGUAAUGUAAACUCAGAAAAAAAGAAACAUUCCUUUUUCAGGACCCUGUCUUUCAAAUAGAAUUCAUUAAAAUCCAAAUAACUUCACAGAUCUUCAUUGUAAAGGGUUUAAACACUGUUUCCCAUGCUUGUUCAAUGAACCAUAAACAAUUAGUGAACAUGCACUUGUGGAACGGUCGUUAAGACACUAACAGCUUACAGACGGUAGGCCAGUUAUGAAAACUUAGGACACUAAAGAGGCCUUUCUACGGACUCUGGAAAAACACCAAAAGAAAGAUUCCCAGGGUCCCUACUCAUCUGUGUGAACGUGCCUUAGGCAUGCUGCAAGGAGGCAUGAGGACUGCAGAUGUAGCCAGGGCAAUAAAUUGCAAUGUCCGUACUGUGAAACACAUAAGACAGCACUACAGGGAGAUGGGACAGACAGCUAAUCGUCCUCGCAGUGGCAGACCACGUGUAACAACACCUGCACAGGAUCGGUACAUCCGAACAUCAGACCUGCGGGACAGGUACAGGAUGGCAACAACAACUGCCCGAAUUAAACCAGGAAUGCACAAUCCCUCCAUCAGUGCUCAGACUGUCCUCAAUAGGCUGUGAGAGGCUGGACUGGGCUUGUAGGCCUGUUGUAAGGCAGGUCCUCAUCACCGGCAACAACGUCGCCUAUGGGCACAAACCCACCGUCGCUGGACCAGACAGGACUGGCAAAAAAGUGCUCUUCACUGAUGAGUCGCGGUUUUGUCUCACCAGGGGUGAUGGUCGGAUACGCGUUUAUCGUCGAAGGAAUAAGCGUUUCACCGAGGCCUGUACUCUGGAGCGGGAUGGAGGUGGAGGGUCCAUCAUGGUCUGGGGCGGUGUCACAGCAUCAUCGAACUGAGCUUUUUACAAUUGUAGGCAAUCUCAACGCUGUGCGUUACAGGGAAGACAUCCUCCUCCCUCAUGUGGUACCCUUCCUGCAGGCUCAUCCUGACAUGACCCUCUAGCAUGACAAUGCCAACAGCCAUACUGCUCAUUCGGUGUGUGAUUUCCUGCAAGACAGGAAUGUCAGUGUUCUGCCAAUGCCAGCGAAGAGCCCGGAUCUCAAUCCCAUUGAGCAUGUUUGGGACUUGUUGGAUCGGAGGGUGAGGGCUAGGGCCAUUCCCCCCCAGAAAUGUCCGGGAACUUGCAGGUGCCUCGGUGGAAGAGUGGGGUAACAUCUCACAGCAAGAACUGCCAAAUAUGGUGUAGUCCAUGAGGAGAUGCACUGCAGUACUUAAUGCAGCUGGUGGCCACACAAGAUACUGACUGACUUUUGAUUUUGACACCCCCUUUGUUCAUGGACACAUUAUUCAAUUUAUCAAUCAGUCAAUCAAAUUUUAUUUAUAUAGCCCUUCGUACAUCAGCUGAUAUCUCAAAGUGCUGUACAGAAACCCAGCCUAAAACCCCAAACAGCAAGCAAUGCAGGUGUAGAAGCACGGUGGCUAGGAAAAACUCCCUAGAAAGGCCAAAACCUAGGAAGAAACCUAGAGAGAAACCAGGCUAUGUGGGGUGGCCAGUCCUCUUCUGGCUGUGCCGGGUGGAGAUUAUAACAGAACAUGGCCAAGAUGUUCAAAUGUUCAUAAAUGACCAGCAUGGUCGAAUAAUAACAAGGCAGAACAGUUGAAACUGGAGCAGCAGCACAGUCAGGUGGACUGGGGACAGCAAGGAGCCAUCAUGUCAGGUAGUCCUGGGGCAUGGUCCUAGGGCUCAGGUCCUCCGAGAGAGAGAAAGAAAGAAGGAGAGAAUUAGAGAAUGCACACUUAGAUUCACACAGGACACCGAAUAGGACAGGAGAAGUACUCCAGAUAUAACAAACUGACCCUAGCCCCCCCAUCUUAUUCACAUGUCUAUGGAACUUGUUCAGUUUGUCGGUUGUUUAAUCUUAUGUUCAUAUAAAUAUUUACACGUGAUAAGUUUGCUGAAAAUAAACGCAGUUGACAGUGAGAGGACGUUUCUUUUUUUGCCGAGUUUGUCUUAACCUUGACCCUGUAACUGUGUUGCAUAAUGAGGCCUGGUGCUCAUUAGCUAUAAUGGAACCAUGUUAUGUCUGCACCACAUAAUGAGAAUUUACACCAGACCUAUUUGAGAUUUCUAUGGUACAUGUUUCAACUUGUAUUUACAAUUGUAUUCAGCUACUUUUAUACAAAUAAACAAAAUUGCAUUGAUAGUGUUAUUAUAUUACGAAUCUCAACAAAAACAUUUUUGUGUGAUGGUACACAUUGUUUAGCUAAUUAGUUCCUCUGUAAAGGUGUUUUGUCAAAUAGAGAUUUAACAUUAUACUUCUGCUAAAGGUAAUUGUUUAAAAUAAAAACCAGUGAGUCAGCUUCA